GUUCAGUUAGUCCGAUAUGGCAAGUUUUGGGUCCAUUUCUGCCCAAUUUUCGAUGUUCAGUUUUUAUGAUUUGUAUCAGACGGGCCCAAAGAAAAGGGGUAGGCCCGCACUAUUCAUCAAAUAUACUCCGAAAAUAAAACGGGAGAGAUGCGUGCUUUACAAAUGUGAGGCGGUCAGAUUUGAGCUAAUUGGGCAGCAAAAGACAAAUUUGCCCUCUGCAAAAUUUGAAUCCCCCAAAUCGUGAAUUGCAGCUCUCAUUUUCUACCUCUACGUGCCCUAUUCGGUGAGACGCCGCUCCACCAAUUUCACCACUCUCCAAGCACAGUGUAGAACAUCCGUCCACCGGAAUUGGCGAGUUUGAUUGGUCGCGGCAGUUCCCAGAGCCACCGUCGGAUAUUGAAGGCAUUAUUUUACAGGAAAGAGACAUGUCGACUGCUUCUUCAGGGAUUUGUUGCGCUAAUUUGAGUGUGUAAAUAUUGUUACUUUGUGAUAUAUUAUUCUGCAUUUGUGAAUCGAAAAUGGUGAUGGCUGAUGUUGCACACACAGCAUCUGGUUUGGUCAACAGUUGGUGUGGGUACUGUCCGUAAAGUACUGUUUUGUUGUUGUGUUUAGCUUUAGUUAAAUUACAUUAUACAUCAGGAGGCAGGAUGAGCUCUCCGACGAUUAACUAUGCAAGGCUCCACAUGUUGCUGGAGGAUAUAAUGCUUGUCUAUCAUGUUGAGACCACCAUCCUCGUACAACGAUAUAAAAGCGCACGAACACGAAGAGCAAAACGUAUAAUUGUUCAGAACGCCAGGCGAUAUAGCGUCUUGAAUAAAAUACCCUCUCAAUUGGAAUACCUAGACCGUCUAGUUUACUUGACGGAUGCCGACUGCAUCGCAAAUCUGCGUAUGGAUCGUAACACAUUCGGGAGGUUGUGCCGAAUUCUAGUUGAACGAGGAGGUUUGCGCCCUGGUAGGUGUCUUGGUGUCGAAGAAAUGGUGGCAAUCUUUGUUGGGGUCCUAUCACACCAUAAAAAGAAUCGGAUAGUAGGUUUCCAUUUCAAAAGGUCAGGUGCGACAGUGUCAUAUCACGUCAAUAAUGUACUUGGUGCGGUUCUUAGCCUCCACUCCGUACUUCUCUCCAAACCAACACCCAUCGGUGAAGACUGUGUAGACCAUCGCUGGAAGUGGUUUCCGGGAUGCUUGGGGGCGCUUGAUGGGACACACAUCGAUGUCUUGGUGAGUAGUGCCGACAAACCCCGUUACAGAACAAGAAAAGGGCAUAUAGCGACCAACACCUUGGCGGCAUGUAACCGCAACAUGCAAUUUGUUUACCUUCUAGCGGGUUGGGAGGGGUCUGCACGUGAUUCCCGUGUGCUACGCGAUGCUAUUACCCGUCCAGGCGGUUUUAAGGUUCCGCAAGGUUGUUACUACUUGUGCGAUAGCGCCUAUGCGAAUAGCAAUGGUUUUCUAACGCCAUAUAAAGGUGUAAGGUACCACCUAAACGAAUGGGGUCAGGGCAAUGCAAUGCCCCAGGACCCUAAAGAGCUUUUCAAUAUGAGGCAUACUCGGGCAAGGAAUGUAAUUGAGCGAGCUUUUGCUGUUUUAAAAAUGCGGUGGGGAAUCCUUAGAAGUGCUUCGUAUUACCCAAUCAAGAUACAAAUACGUCUAAUCAUGGCAUGUUUCUUAUUGCACAAUUUUAUACGCCGAGAGAUGGCAACUGCCCCUGUUGAGGCUGAACUAGACGAAGAAACUUGGGAAUACGCUGCAGAUGAAGAAAUUGCAGCACAAGAUUAUGUCGGAGGGGUUGAUCCCAGCGCUGAAUGGACCCAAAAACGUGAGGCCUUAGCUACUCACAUGUGGAACAACAGAUAGAAUUUUGUAAACAACGUUGUAUCUGUUAUGAACUUUAUUCUGUUUUGCUUGACUGUUUUUGUUGAUGUUUACAGAACAUAUGUAUGCACUAUUAUUCUGGUU